AUUCAGCCGUGAGAUGCUCACCGGACUCGGGUCAACAUGGCGGAAACACUCGCUGGUCGCCUGCUGCACACUGACUUUCUCAUGUAGUUUCCUGGAGUAACGUACCGUUUACUUUCAGAGUUUUGAUGGCAACUGUCCCGUGAACAUGAGCAGCUCACGCGCAGAGGUUUGGUGGUCUCCCCCGUCCCCUGCCCUGCCUGCGGAUCAUGUGCUGAAGUCUGGAGCGGUCAUAUUCCCCGGUGCGUUCGAUCAGCACGGAUGUCCUCUGGUCAUGUUUCCGGCGGACACUCAAUGGAAACUGUCCGAGGAGGUCAGCGGAGAGGAGGUGUCUCAGUUUAUACUCUACUGUCUGCGUCUGCACAAUAAGAAAGGAGAAGAGGGUCUGGUGUCUGUGGUUGCUGAUCUGAGACAAGCUGACGUCACUGUCGUGAAGUUUAUCACCGAAACUCUCCUGAGAUUGGAGUUCUACAGGAGGAUCUUUCAUUCGGUGUAUUUUGUUCAACCAAAGAAGAAAUCUGUUCAGAAGCAGCUGGGGAAACUUCUGACACCGAGCUCCAAACAGAAGAGACCCGUUCUCUUUAAACGGGUUUUCCUCAAGGAUAUUUGUGAACUUUCCAACUUCAUGGACUGGAGUCAGUUAACAUGUAGUUUAGGAGGAUACCUCAUGUACUGCCAUGACAGCUGGGUUAACUUCAUUAAGGAGAUCGACAUGUUUGUGCAGGAGUUUCUGUGUGUGGUGAACAGACUGCCGUCCAGUAUCUGUACUCUGCAGUCGCUUGCGAAGCUGCCGGUCCCAGCAGACUUUGAGCGGCUCCGUGACUUUUGCUCCGUGAACGAAGCUCGAUUCCAGCAGCUCAGGAGGGAUCUUGGUUUGGAUGACUUGCUGAAGCGCUGUGAGUGUUUAUUGGAGAAACUGCGUUUCCCUGAGAAUGAGCCGUGUUUUUAUGCGAUGGCCGGAACGAUUCUCUUCUCUCUCACCGCACUGGAAAUGCUCCAGAACUACAACCGGUUAAGUGCAGCAGUGGAGAAAGUGGAGUUGCUGUGGCAACAGGCCUUCUCCAAGCCCCGCCUCCAGCUUCAGGUCGCCCACCUGCAAAGAGAAGCUCAACAGGUUCAAACAAAAACAGCGUUAUACACCUUCUCCCCGCUGUGAUGAAAACCGUUAAAUGCAUGAAGUGCGGAGAUUCAUAGUUGAUUUGAGCUUGUUGUGAUUUCAGAUUCAGGAGCAGAUAGUUGUGCUACACAGAGAGAAGGUUCAGCCCUACAGGAUUCAACCGGCUGAAGAUGUUCACAGAGCUGAAAGUCUCCGGCUGGAGUUCGAGUCUUUAAUAUACA